CAGCUAGAAACUCCAUUCAAAUCUUAAAAUGUUCCACAUCUUUCAUACAUUUGGGGUAUUAUUCAACUGUUAAAUCUGUAUUCAAGUUUCUUUGAAGUUAAUGGGUUUUUUUUUUAAUGUUCCACAUCUUUCGAACAACAUUGUAAUGAACAUAUUUAUUUACUAGGCAUAGGAAUUACACCCUCUGAGUAAUGGCCUGGAGUUUGAGUGGUGCCUCUCAGCUUACUCUCUAUUAAAUGAACUGGCAGCAGUUGGUAUAUUCUUAACUGAUGUGACUGUGCAUUCACUCACAGUAGGAAAUCCCAGCUCUCUAAUCAUCAUGGACCUUUAAACCAUUAAAUUAUUUUAAUACACUUAUAGGUAGAUGUGUGUCCCAGCACACACACACACUAUGGGUUUAUGUAUAAUAUUCAUACACACAGUCUAAGCUACAACAGUUGCCAUCAAACAGCAUACAGCCUGUAUGUAGCAUUACCAUUCCUGUAGUUUUAGCUAACGUUAGCAAUGAUGCUAACAGCCGUAGAGUCGCAAAUGCUAACUUUAGCUAUGUUAACUGACAUUAAAAAAAGGGUUUAACGUUCCCCCCACUACAUAAGAAAUGUUGUUUUGUUCACUCUCUCACUCAGUUACCCUAACAUCACUGCAAAGCUGGAAAAUGUAAAGAGCUAACGUUAGUCCUCAUAUCCUUGUGUCUGUCGGUUUCACUAGCUGUUGGCCAGCCUUCAGCCAGGCAAGACAGGCUACUAAGACCACAUUCAGACUUCAGAAUUCCCAUGAACCAAACAAAAUAAGAGACCAGAGUGGGAGUGAAACAGUGCAGCUUCAGUGCCGAGGAAUGGAGAGAAUGGCACUUCUUUGCCCACUACUUCCUACUGCUGUGUUCCACGUCUCGCACUCUUUGACUUCUUUAAUAAACUCAGUGUGUCAACAACAGAGACAGAGCUUCAAACAGCAGAAUGAGUGUUUUUGACCGUCUGGCACCUUUGAUCCCUCAAGUAGCUGCAUCCUCCAAACAAACAACGGAACAUCCAUCGGUCUGCUUGUCACCUCCUCUCUCCCUCUCUUCUCCUGUCAUCAAGAAGAAACCCAUUCAAAUCCCAUCAUUUGACGAGAAGGGAUUCAUCUAUGAAAACACAAAACAGACAAACACUGACAGAUCGUUUGUUCCAGUUUCACAGAGGAACCAUGGAGAAAGAGCUUCAACCCUCCCAAGAACCAAGCCCAAAACAUAUAGCUCUCCAACUCUCUCUGCAAAGCCCAGCAUCUCCAUUUUUCCUGCUCCAAAGCCAAAUUCCUCUCCCACUCUCUCCACUCUGAAACCAAAGCCAAGUGCUUCCCUUCAUCUCCCCGCCUCACAGUUGAGUGAUCCUUCUCCAUUACUGCACCAGCCUCAGCCGAAGCCAAGUGUUUCUCCAACUCUGACUGUCCCAACACCCAGACUGAGUCCAUCUCCAACCUCCCUGUGCCGAGGGAUGAGUUUGGAUAGCGGAGGAGGCAAGCAGCCUUCUCCUGUUGCUAAAGAAAGACGUGCUAGAUCAAUUACCAUAUCGAACACUAAAGUUGAGUCCAGCAAACAGAGGCCUUCAAAUGAGGCAAAGCAUGACAUUCUUGACCAAGAAGCUUUACUGGACUUUACUCAUCCUGCGUUGAGAAGAGCUUGUCCCAUGACGUGCAGAGAGAUGCAGUCUCGACAUCAGACUUACUCUGAGUCCCAGAGACAGGUGGCCACAUCUCUGAAUUCCUGCUUAUCGCAAGGCAAAGUUGGUUUAAGUAAAAAAGAAAAUACAGCAAAAGAUAAACCAAAGCCUCCGCCUAGGAAUAUAGACAUUACUGCAAUCCCUCAACUAAAGCCAAACAUCAAACAGCAGCAGGAGUUUCUGCCAAGUGGAGCGACAGGUACACAAACAUCUCUUUCAGAAUCUAAAGGGAUUCAGUUUGCUAAUGUUGUUCAGAGAGAAGCUCAGUCGGCUUUUGAUGGACUGGCUACUCACAGGAAAUGUAUAGACUACCCUCAGAGUAGGAAGUACACUCAAACUGCAGAGCCUCUCUUGAAUCAGUCAACUGUCUCACCCAAUAUUGAGACCAGGAGACGACGGUUUGGCUUCAACAAUGAAACUAAAAUUCUGGUCAAAGGCCAGGAGUCAAAUCACCCAGAUGGACGUGAAGAGUGGAGUAAGUCAGUCAGACUGUGUUUUAAAGGAUCACAGCUGCCAGUCAAGAGACAUCGAUCGGAAAAUGGAGGCUCCUCAGUGUGCACAAAGAAUAAAUCGACUUAA